AUGUGUAUUCUGGUGGUCUGCUGAGAAAAAUGAUCAACUUACUCAAUUUUGGGAAAACUAUAUUUUAAUUAUGGAGACUCUGGAAGGAAACCAGAUACAUGUUAUAAAGCCUGUGUUACCAAAGUUAAAUAGCUUAUAUGAACAUGCAAUAUCGGAACAGAAAGAUAGUUGGGUCUUUCACCCGUCGUGGCAUAUGUGCAUUUAUAAAAGAAUGUUUGAGAGUGAAAACAAAACGUUGGCUAAGGAAGGAGUUAUUCAUUUUCUUGAAAUGUGGCAAACACAAUCUCUUCCCCCAUCACCAGGAUUUUCAGAGUUUGUUAUUGGACCAUUAAUGGAUGCUCUUUCAGAAAGUUCUUUUUAUUCCAGGUCAUCAGGCCAGGUGAUAGGGACGUGUCCUUCAUUAGGAAUAAAGCUGCAGAAGUUUUUGGCUGCCUUCUUUACAAAUGUCCCAGAGGAAGAAAAAAGUAGUUUUUUGUUAAAGUUUAUACGGAAGAUGAGCGAUAGGCACUGGUGUUCCAUUCCCAUUUUGUUUCUAUCCAUGGCACUAGCACAUAUUCCAGCAUGUAGAGUACUGGAUACAGAAGGGCUCCUAGCUCUCAGAGAUGUGCUGCAGUGUACUAUGAUCACACACCAGAUUUUGCUACGAGGAGCCGCUCAGUGCUACCUUCUAAAAGCAGCAAUGCUCUUGACCAAUGUAGAGAAGGUGUCACUUUUAGAUAUUUCAAACUUCAUAGUAUCUCUGAGACCAGAAGAGUCCUUAGGCAGAGGAACCGUUUUGUGGAAAAUGCUUUGUGACUGGCUGCAUGGAAAUGACAAGCACUUUCAAAGGCCUUUAAACUAUGGUGUGCCUCAAGACAGAACAUUGUUAAAUGUUUAUGUACAGUCUCUUGUACAGGACUAUCUAAAAACACCUGCAUCCAAUGUAGAAGAUUGCCUUAUGCCUGAUUGGUUUGAAGCUAAACUUGUUGCUACAAUGAUUCUUCUGGCUGCAGAUGUAGAAGAGAUGACACGUGAAUACAAUUGCACUGGCAGUACAGAACUGAUUGAGCUGAAGGCUCUCCUAAAUCCUCUACUGGAUGUCUUGCUGAAACUUGGCACUAAUCCCUACAUCUCAACACUGAAGACUGAUAAAAGCCUCCAGCUAUUGUUGAAGUUACUGCAGACAUGUUCAGUCAAAUGUUCCAAUCCACAAAUUGAUGGAGUAAUAACAUUUCUCCAGAAUGAAUUUAUGUCUGCCUCAGAAAGCAUUUUGGAUUUUCUCCUUAGAAGACUUACAGCAAAUGAAUUAAAUACAAUUUCAGAUCUGGAGCGCUGUAAUUUAUAUCUUGCAGUGUUGUCAGAGCUAUUGAACUUCUGCUCAGUCAAUGGCUGGACAAGGGGAGGGUCUGUCUGUGGUUUCAUCUCCUCUCUGAUCAGUGCCUCCCUCAGCAAUUUACAAGAGAUGAGCAGUGAAAAGGAAGUAAAACUCGGAGAACAGAUUCAGAAGGUGGUGAGCAUGGCAUCUCUAAGUGUGGUUUGUGAAAUUAUAGAUCAGAAGCCAGCUCUUCAGCUUCAGUCUCUGCCAUCAGUUGAAUCUUUGAAAACUGUUAUUUCCUGCUCACAGUUUGACCAUGUAUUAAAGAAGCCUUGCAGUAUGGAAAAAAAUAGUUCCCUUGAGGAGCCACCAUCUCAUCAAGGGUGGGGGAAAAUUGUAGCACGCUACAUACAUGAUCAGUGGGUUUGUCACCAUUUUACUCUGAACAACUAUCAAAACCUUUCUAAAGAUGAAGAUCUGGAACAAUUUUUGUUUGAUGUUCAGAAACAUACAAGGAGUCUACAGUCUGCACUAGAAGCACUAUCAAUUCUUCCUUCUGACCAUGUUUUACCUGUAUUUCAUUGCAUGAAAAUACUUGUUCCCAAGCUUCUGGAAUCUUCUGAAUCUCUAUGCAUAGAGGCUUUUGAUCUGUCAUGGAAAAUCAUAUCUUCUCUUAGCAACACACAGCUAAUAUUCUGGCCUAACUUAAAAGCGUUUGUACAGUUCGUAUUUGAUCCUGAAGUUCUUGCUGUUGCUGCAAAGAACAAGAGCAAAGCAUACAUGAAAAUAAAAGAGAUUAUGUUUCAGAUGAUUGAAAUGUCCUCUACGAAGACUGGAGUUUUUAAUACACUGUUAACUUACUGCUGUCAAACGUGGAUGUUUCCUACUCGCAAUAAUACAAUUGCUGUAGAAAAUGCUUUCUCAAAUGCUGGCAAUUAUAGUGAACUUCUUGUAGAGGCCUGUUUGUUUGGAACUGUUUUCAGGCGUGAUCAAAGACUCAAUCAAGAGAUGUGUGCCUUUGUGGAAAAUCUUGGAGAUGAAUGUGCAGCAAAUGUUGUUACAGAAAGUACAAACAGAGAUGACCAUUUUGUGAGAGUUUGUGCCAUCAAAUUCCUUUGCUUGCUAGAUGAAACAAAUACAUUGCACAAGAAGUUUAUAGAAGAUUUUUUCAUGAAUCUACUUGAUAAAGGUGAACUGAUGUCCAAAUCAAAAACUCGCUAUUAUGUGAACUCCUUACAACACAGAGCUAAAAAUCGACUAUGGCAGACGCUGCUUGUCCUUUUACCAAAACUUCAUGAGGACAUUUUGACAAGGACUGUUGAUAGGAUUCUUCAGGCUGGCUAUAGCAACAAUCAAGCAUCUAUAAAGUAUUUAAUAGAGUGGAGCAUCAUCUGGAUUCUACACAAGUUUCCUCAUUUUCUCCAGAAAUUUUGGGAUUGCUUUAACUAUGAGGAAGACUGGCUUAAAACUAGCAUUUGUACAUUUUUAUCAGUGCUGUCACACUUGGAUACAAUUCUUCAGAGUACCUCUGAGAAGACACCAAUUUUGAAGAAAGCCCUAGUUGUUGUUCUGCAGUGGUGUUUCCAUCACAAUUUCAGCGUUCGACUUUAUGCUUUAAUUGCGCUUAAGAAAAUCUGGGGAAUGUGCAAAGAGUUGUGUAUGGAUGAUUUUGAGACUUUAACUCCAGUCAUUGAAAGCAGUCUCCAUCAAGCAGAAAGAAUGCAUGGAACAGGGAAUGCUAAAAAGAAUUGGCAGCGCAUCCAGAAGCACUUCUUUUUUGAAAAAUUCCACCCACUUAAGGAUUACAGUCUUGAGACAAUAUUUUACACCCUACCACGUCUUUCAGAAAUUGCUGAAGAAGAAUGGAUACCUCUCAGCAAAUUUACUGCAUUCACAGACAUUCCUUUGAGUGCAACAUUUCCGUGCACCUCUUCUCAUACUGACCUCCUUGAUCUAAAGCCCGACGACUGGUCUCAGCAAGAUAUAGGUUUGAAAUCAGCUGAGCCAGAUAAUCAAAGGCAAUGGACAGAUGUUCAAAAAAAGAUUAUUCCUUGGAAGAACAGCACUUCUGAUCUGGAGCUUGUAUUUCAAGAUCGGGCUACUAAACUGGGUAAAUCAAACAGUGGACUGGUUGUAGUGGCUUCACUCAUUGAUAAACCCACCAAUCUGGGAGGCUUGUGUCGUACAUGUGAAAUAUUUGGGGUGUCAUCUCUAAUUGUUGGCAGCCUCCAUUACAUAAAUGACAAACAGUUUCAGUAUCUCAGUGUGUCUGCAGAACAGUGGCUUUCCCUUCUUGAGGUAAAGCCAUUUCAGCUCAUUGAUUAUUUGGAUCAGAAGAAAACUGAAGGAUACACUAUUAUAGGUGUGGAACAAACAGCUAAAAGUUGUGAUCUAACAGAGUAUUGCUUUCCAGAGAAAUCCCUGCUGUUGCUGGGAAAUGAGCAUGAGGGAAUUCCUGCAAAUCUGAUUCAGCAACUGGAUGUUUGUGUAGAAAUCCCUCAGCAAGGAGUUAUUCGGUCACUUAAUGUCCACGUAAGUGGAGCUCUGCUGAUUUGGGAAUAUACAAGGCAACAGAUCAUCAGGCAGAAAGUACAGAGAUAAAUCAACAAGGUACACUAGAACUGCUGCUUUGAUGGUGCUAUAAAAUCCAAGGAGCAAUUACAGAUGCCAGACAACGGAAGGAUUAUAUUUUUUGCAUGUGUCUUUUUAAAAAUAUUAAAUGC